AGACAUUAUAGUACGCUUGCCGAUCAAGUGGCGUACUGGUUCAUCUCGCGUUUAUAAUGGGCCCUUGAAUACUCGAGGCUGAUCAAAACUUCCUUCGUACGUCUUCUCUUCAUCGUUCGUUGGGUGCAAAGGUCCUGCAACAACUUAGAAAGCGGUUCGUUACCGUUGGUGCUCUUGACUUACGGUUCAAUAUCGCCGCCAUGUACAUUCCUCCGCUUUCCAACGUCAUCCAAGCUAUGCCGCGUGCUAUGGUCACUGGCUACACCCCGCUUGAAAACACCAGGUUUAUCUUGAAUAGCACUGGGGUAGCUGGUCUCUUCGUCGGCGACGAGGCCGUUGCAUCCAUAGCUCUGGUUCACGUCUUCGAAGGGAGGAAGUGGUUUGGCUGGUACAACUCCCCUGGAUCUUACAUUAUGGGGAUGCGUUCUAGCCGGCUGGCCCGUUCGGCUGUUCCUUCAUUAUCCCGAGAUAAGCGGGAACAUGUACAGACCGACUUGGCCUCACUAUUCGAGUACAAUGGCCAGAAAGGGCCCAAGUUUAGAGCUGUUCACUCUGGAACCACUUUCCAGGAGACGAGUCAUCUGGCCGCUCUAUUCAUGAAGGAGUGCACAGAGUUGCACUCCAUCCCGAUCGAAGGCAGGGAAACUCAGCCUGUCAGCGUCACCAUCGCCAACCUCCAUCACGUUCCCCGCCAUGAGGAAUGUCCCACGUUGCAUAGGCGUCGUGCUCCUUUCUACGCUAGCAUACCCAUCCUUGUCAGCAUGGGCACGUGUGUAGCGUGCGGCUGGUACGACGACUGGUUCUCUUUCGUUGUGAUCCUGUUCGGCAUCAUCGUCAGCGGCAUAUCGUGCCUUGUAAUCGGCUCGGGGACGUUCCGUUUUACGCAUCCAGAGCCAGCGCCAGGCUCGCCUCCGGGGGAUGGUAUCUUAGGAUGUGAAGAUGGGGUUGUCCUGUUGAAAGGCCAAGAGGGAGCUGUCAACGCAGUUACGAGGGGAAGGUUCUCGCUGCUUUUCAAAUGCACAGAUGCUCGCCGGAGCGUCAGACUCAUUCGGAUGUGUUCUAUCAUUCUUGUGAUUCAGGCCAUCGCACAGCUGAUCCUGGUCCCUCAGAGUUCACUCUUUGGGCAGUUCAUGUUCGUGGUGUCUGUGGCGGUCUCUUGGUUGUACAACCUAUGGCUGUGGUCCAUCGAUAAGGAGAAAGUUCAGAGAGAUCUUCUGACGAAAGUCCUCGACAAACCGCACCUUACCAAGUACAUUCUGGGCACCCGCACCAGCAUGAUGACAUUCGUUCUCUUAGCUUUGGAUCUGGACAAUCCCGAAGAGGUCAUAAAUUUCCUUCUUCCUACAAACACCAGGGCCUGGCAAAUAUGGAAGGCAGCCGUCAUUAAGCGACUUAGGAAUCACGAAAAACUCGAGUUCGAUGCCUCGGACUGGGACGAUUCGUCCCUGUCGGACCAGGAGCGGCAGAUGUUGGAGACGCUCUUCAAGGAUGCCCAGGAUGCGUAUGAGGGCUUUCAACUGCACAGGGAACGAAUCCUUCCUUGCCCGAAGAUGCCCUAGGCCCGUAGCGAGUUAUCCUACAAGCUUUCAUGGUUUCUAUUUACGACCAGAUUUCCACACGAGGAUGAACGUGAAUAAAUGAUCAGUUCAAUCUGAACAUGGCGUCCGGAAACAUUUACUUGACAACUAGUAGUAUCGUAUUCCUCGACCGAUCCCAUUGACAUCACAGCUACAUACAUACAUGCUUUCCUUCAUACCGAGGCGGCGUCGAGUUAUUGGCGUACCCAUACUGGGCGGAAAGCACUGACCCUAUGUACGGCAAGUACAGUUUAUAAUUGUGGGUGGUGAUAAAUUGCGAGUAGCUGUGAUGUUAACCGAACCUGCCCGACUGCCCAUCUUUUCCUUGUA